AUGGGGAUGGUGGUGUGGCUUUUUGCCGCUGGACUCUAUCGGGGCUUUGGAUGGGUGUGGAGUGAGGACUUCUCCCCGUUGCGGGUGAGACGCGCGGCUGCAGCUGUUUUGCUGCCUCGGCUUUUACUCACCUGCACCACACAAGUAAACGCUGCUCCCUCUUUGGGUUACGGUGUUUCUCUCUUUCUCUGUCUCUCUCUCUCUCUCUCUCUAUUUUGUCCUAGUGGAUUGUGCGCGUGCUCUCGGCGGCAACGUUCCACCGCUGGGGUCGUGAGGAGGCUUUGGGCAGCGGGCGCACAGCGAGGCGAGCGUCGAACAUUCCCGCAGGGGAGGCAGCGGCUCGCCAAAGGUGGUGCACCACUGCGUGUAUGCGUCGCGGCUUCAGGGCCCCGCUGCCGUAGUACCAUUAUCUUCCCCUGA